CUCAUUCUGUGAAGUGGCUUUUCUUUCCAGACUGGGAGAGGCAGCCUUGAAAUCCCUCCAUUCCUAGAGAAAACAGGUCGACAGACUGCGGCUUGCUGUUUCUUCUUACCAUUUCCAUCUUCCUGGGGCUGGGCCAGCCCAGGAGCCCCAAAAGCAAGAGGAAGGGGCAAGGGCGGCCUGGGCCCCUGGCCCCUGGCCCUCACCAGGUGCCACUGGACCUGGUAUCACGGAUGAAACCAUAUGCCCGCAUGGAGGAGUAUGAGAGGAACAUCGAGGAGAUGGUGGCCCAGCUGAGGAACAGCUCAGAGCUGGCCCAGAGAAAGUGUGAGGUCAACUUGCAGCUGUGGAUGUCCAACAAGAGGAGCCUGUCUCCCUGGGGCUACAGCAUCAAUCAUGACCCCAGCCGUAUCCCCGUGGACCUGCCGGAGGCACGGUGCCUGUGUCUGGGCUGUGUGAACCCCUUCACCAUGCAGGAGGACCGCAGCAUGGUGAGCGUGCCGGUGUUCAGCCAGGUGCCUGUGCGCCGCCGCCUCUGCCCGCCACCGCCCCGCACAGGGCCUUGCCGCCAGCGCGUGGUCAUGGAGACCAUCGCUGUGGGCUGCACCUGCAUCUUCUGAACCACCUGGCCCAGAAGCCAGGCCAGCAGCCCGAGACCAUCUCCCUGCAUCUUUGUGCCAAGAAAAGCCUAUGAAAAGUAAACACCGACUUUUGAAAGCAA